AUGGCGAGCGCGCUAGUCCUGGCCCUGGCAUCCUGCGCGACCGCGUUUGCGCCGCGACCGCGCCUCGGCGCAGCGCUGCAGCCGCUCAACGCCGCGGCCUUCGAGCGCUGGUCCUGGAGCGGUCCCGUCGCGCCGCCGCAGUCGAAGCGGGCGCUGCUCCAGGCUGUCGCCGCGUUCAAGGCCGCGACGGCCAUGGACGGCAACGUGCCCAUCGACUUCGGCGUGUCCGGCGGCGAACUGGACAAGAAGAGCCGCGCGCCGCGGAACCUCUUCCCGGAGGGCUUCGACGCCGUGUCGGAGCGCGUCGGCGCGGCCGCGCGGACGGUCGUGGCCGCCGUCGACGCGCUCGCGGCGGAGCCGUCGCUCGCCGGCGCCGCCGCGGCGUCGUGGCGCACGCGGGACUCGCCGCUCGACGGCGCGUGGAACAACCUGUGGACGACGGCGGCCGACGCGACGUUCGACGAGAAGACGGAGCGCGGCGCCGCCCGGGUGUCCAACGUCGUCGAGGCCAGGAGGGGCAAGAUCACGAACAUCAUCGCCUUCGAGAGCCCCGCGAGCAAGGUCGAGACGUUGAAGGUGCGGCUCAGCGCGAGGCCCAUCGGCGGCGCGCGGCUCGAGCUCACGUUCCGCUACGUGAAGGUCACCUUCCGGAAGCGGCUCCUCGGCCUCUUCAAGUCGAUCUUCAUCCCCGUGCCCGCGGCCUUCAUCACGCGCGUGCUCUUCCUCUUCCGACCGGCGAAGAAGCCGCCCGUGCCCUUCUUCGACCUGCUCUACCUCGACGCGGAUCUUAGAGUCCAGCGCACGGGCGAGGGCAACGCCGCCGUGGACCGCGCGCUCGAGGCGGCGAUCCUCGCUCCCAACCACUUUCUGUCCGAGCCCUGGCGCUUCUACCAGUGCGGCGCCGAGACCAUCAAGAAGUUCGCGGCGCUCAACGCCGACAAGGCGGACGCCUGCCUCGCGGUGCCGGGCAUGAUGGUCGUCACGCUCACGUCCAAGCACAAGCUCGACGAGAAGCUCGGCCUCGAGGACCACGCCGCCGUCAGCUGCGCGGUGCAGAACUUCAUGCUGUCGCUCCACGCCGAGGGCCUCGCGAGCAAGUGGAUGACGGGCGCCAUGGGCAUCGCGCCGGAGAAGAUCCUCGAGGCCGUCGGCGCGCCCGAGGGCGAGAAGAUGAUGGCCGUCGUCUGGUUCGGCUACGCGGGAGAGAAGAAGGCGACGCCGCCGAAGCGCAAGCUCGGCGUCGCCGGCUGCUACACGAAGCUCGCCUAGGCGCGCGAAACGGCGACGAAAGAAGAGGCUAAGCUGAGAAAUAAUCAGCACUUUCGGCU